AGACCGCCACCUAUUGCUACUACUACCCCCUCUCGUUAGGAGCCUCAGAUACACAUGAUGCCUACUCUGGGUGCACCAAGAUCAUGCGCUCAACAAGCCAUCGAGCAUCCCAACACUGCCUUACAUGGUGUGCAGAGUGAUACAGCUAUCAUAGCUCCCAGUCGAGCAGGAUCUUGUGGGGAAAAACAAACCACAUCUACUGGUACCCAAGAUACUCAGGGUCCAGGAACAUCCACUGCCACUGGUCACUCCGCCACAAGUGCUCCUAAGCUUAGAUAUGAUGGUGCCAAAUGUUGGCACCCACUUAAGCCUAGCUUGAAGCGCAUUUCUCAGGUUUUUAAGGAAAAUUACAACAAGUCUUGGCUGAGUUUUGAUGAGGAAGAUGAUGAUACUAAAAAAAUAUGCUGGACAGAAUGGAGGGUAAUUUUAUCUAUCUUAUUUUACGUAUUUUACAAUCUUAUAUAUUAUAGUAUGUUAUAUAAUAGCAAGAUGUUUUUUCCUUUUUAA